UGGGACGCUCCGCGGUGCGCGAUACUCCUGUUUGUCCCUCUUUGUCCGGUGGCGACGGAAGGCCACGAUAAUUAUGGCAAAAUUUGCGUUUUUGAAUGAAUUAUAGCCGAAUGGUGGAUCAUCAAGCACACGCCGCGUGAGGACCGCUUUGUCCGGCAAUGACGCACCAGAGAGUUUCAGUUUAACGGGACAGCAGAGCACGCAACGGAGAAAGGGUACAGUUUGCUUCCCAGACAGCCUGCAAGAUGGCUAGCUAUCUUCAGUGGCAUGCUAACGUUAGCUAGCAAGCUAAUGCUAGCAUAGUGGACCACAGCUCCCGGAGACGUGGUCGACUGCUUUGCCUCAUACAUGCUGUGAUGAGUGUAUCCGAGGGCACGUGGUCGAUUUGUGGAGAUAAACUCGCAGUUCCGCGUCGAUGUGCCAGUUGUUGCGGCCACUCGGCGCUGCUAGCUAGCCACAUUGAGUAACGUGGCUAGCUAGUUAGCUAAGGCAGUCACUAGCUUGCGUUAGCUAGCUGCUUGUUAGCCACACAUCUGUAAGUGAUCAUUUCUUAGAGAGAGAGAGAGAGAGAGAGAGAGGGGGGGUGGUGCUGUGUAACAUUGCUUGUACCGGCACACGGGCCAGGUGGCGACCAGUUUCACCCAGCUAGCCAAGAAAAUACCAGCUAGCAACCAAACGAACUUGUGCUAAAUAGCGAGAACCAGCUCAGGGUUACCUGACGCUUAUUUGGUGACCAAAUCCCGGUGUGACAGACACCGUGGCGGAGUAUUUGCAGCUGGAAAGGAGUUUGCAGACCUGGGCCGACGUUGUUAAAAACACAAAUCUAGCAACCAACCAAAAAAAACACACCCCGUGUUCGUUUCUGCUGCGAUGACAACCAUUUGAUCGUUAUUGUCAUGACCUGAAGGCGCAGUCCACCUCCUCGGCACAUAAGCCUUUCCAGACGUCGUCAUUUUUAACUUUUUUUUUCUUGCAUAUGAACGGUGACAUGCCACUUCACCGACAGUCAUAUUAGCUAAUGGCUGCCGAAUCGGGGAGACUACAGGCGGGACAAGGAAAACGAAGCAAAGCUUCUCAGAUGAAGAGCCCGGAGAAGAAGAAGGCGAGGAAAUCAACGGCUCAGCCUGCGGGGUUCUCCCACCUCACUGAGUUUGCGCCUCCUCCUACCCCCAUGGUGGACCACCUGGUCGCCUCCAACCCCUUUGACGAUGACUUUGGGCCCCCAUCCCGACCGACUGGGACAGGUGGACCAGGUGGUGCUCCGUUUCUUCCAAGCCCAGGUGCAAGUGGAGGAGGUGGGUAUGGUGGUGGAGGCAGGAUGGGCGGAGGCAUGGGCUUCAUGGGAGGCCCGGGAGGACCAGGCGGCGGUCAGCCUGUGCGGAGGCCACCGUUUGGCCCUUCACCUAAUGCUGGGCCUCACCACCAGCUAGGUUUUGGAGGAAUGCCUGGCUUUGGAGGUGGCGGCGGCGGAGGGAGUGCAGGAGGAGGAGGUGGCGGAGGAUUCCCCCCUGGUGGCCCCUCUCAGUUCAAUAUGCCACCUAACUUCAGUCCACCCAUGCACCCCGGACCAGGAUUCAAUCCCAUGUUGUCGCCGGGGGGUAUGGGAGGUCCUGGUGGAGGGGGGCCGCCCCAUCCUCGGUUUGGCAUGCCUCCACAGCAGCAGCAUGGACAAGGUGGACAUCCAUUUAACAGCCCACCACUACCUGGCGGUGGAGGCCCCAGAGGCCCCCCCCAUGGCCCCCUGCCUUCCAUGGGAGGAGGCAUGGGUCCUGGGAUGAAUAUGAUGGGUGGAAUGGGUGGUGGCCCUGGAGGCAACAUGGUAGGAGGGUUACCAGGUAUGCCCCCUCAAGGACAGUUCCCUACCUCACAGGAUGGUCCCUACCCAGGCCCCAGUCCGCCAGGGCCAGGUAACGAGGAUGGAAAGAACUUUGGUGGAGGAGGGGCGCCGCCUGGGCCUCAGCAGCAGCAACAACAACAGCAACAACAGCAACAGCAGCAACAACAACAGCAGCAGCAACAGCAGCAGCAGCAGCAACAACAACAACAGCAGCAGCAGCAGCAACAACUUAACCUAAAUCCUAAUGGCCCCCCUCCUAAUAACUCCACUCCUGGCCCUCCUAACUCUGGCCCACCACAGCCUGGGGGAGGCUUCCCUGGCCACCCUGACGUUCAGCAGCCCAAUGCCAAUACACCUGGUCAGCCUCCCUCGGCACAGCCCCAGUCUAACCCUAACUCUUCCCCCACUGGUCCCCUGAAUGGAUCAGGGCAGCCCCAGCAUCCACCUCCCUCCCAGCUACAGCCCCCCAGCAAUUCAAACACACCAAACUCUAAUAACUCUUCCCAGCAGCAACAAUCUACUCCACCUAACUCUGCCCCUGGCUCCACACCUUACAACCAGCAGAACAACACUCCAGGUUCUGGUGGUCCGAUGCCAAAUGCAGCCUCCAAUUCAGGUCAGAACAGCAUGACCAAUAACAAUGGGGGCAACACUCCUGGCAGCAACCCCAACCCCCCUUCUAACUCCACCUCAACUCCGAACACCCAGUCUCCCCUGCCCCCCGGCCCUGCUGCCCCCUCGACCGGGCCCGGUUCUGGCCCCGGAAAACUCGGUGGCCCCGGUAUGGUCUUCCCUUGCGGCCUCUGUAUGGCGGAGGUCCACGACGACCAGGACGCCAUCCUGUGCGAGGCCUCGUGCCAACGCUGGUUCCACCGUGACUGUACAGGCCUGACAGAGCCAGCGUACGGACUGCUGACUCGAGAGAGCUCUGCUGUUUGGGCCUGUGACUUCUGCAUCAAGACCAAGGACAUCCAGGCUGUGUUUGUGCGCCAGGGAUUAGGCCAGCUGGUGGCAGCUAAUGAGAGUUGAGGAGUGGGUGACAAAAGAGCAGCGUGGAGGUGCGACACGUAAGGACACAAAAAGACAUCUUUGUUCUGAUCUCACUGAAUGACGUGUGUGUCAUGUCAGCUACUUGCCCAGUUUUCUCUUGACUAGCCCUUUACUUGUUCACUACACAGAGGAACACACUCAUUGACAUUCAUGCUUAUAAAUAGAGCUUUGAGUGACUCUAGGCAAACGAUUUUUCUUCUCCCCACCCCACAGGAGUCAAAUCAUGAUGAAUGUUAAAACUACACAGUCCUCCAGACAUCUAGCCUGCCAACCAGCAAAGCACUGACACCAACACACUACCUCACACACUUUGUAACUGACUGGCACGGAAGCUCCCGCACUGACUGACUGGGAUUGACUUGGCACACUCGCACACCACAAGAGUGUGAUGCUAUUUCAAACACACAAUCACACACACACACAAACCCACGUUAGACAGGGGGAGAAAUGUUGGAUAAUGGCCAGACUGUGUUUUGACCCAAAGUACGAACAGUAUUCUUUGAUUAUUCUUGGCUUUAAAUUAAAAUACAUAAUUUAUAGAUUCUUUAAAAAUGAAAAAGUUUAAUAAUGAAGAGUCCAUCAAACUAAAAGGGACUGGAGUUUUAUUCAUUGAUUGAAUCGCAGCUUAAUUCUAGGACAUCACAACUUUUUUUCCUGGAAUCGAGGGCAAGAAAACAGAAUAACACAUCAGUAUAUUUCAGUGUAAACAGUAUCAUGUGUAUUGUAAAUGUCAAGUGAGGGGGGGAGGGGGUCAAUUUCUAAGUUCUUUUGAUAAUUCCUACACAUACACACUUUGACCCUGUAAUCAUUUUGUACCUUGUGCUGAUAAAUCCAAAGGAGACCCGGCCGAGAUUUCACCCACACUUCACAUCGAGGGUUAAGUCCAUGUAGUUGUAAAUAUUAGGUUGAAACAUUUGUCUGGAACUCCCCCCAUCCGUUGUGAACAUGCCGCAGAGUCGACCAAUGAACAAAAAUAAUGAGUUGAACCUAUGUGUCUUGGUUGUAAACAAUAUGGCGUUUUUGGUUUUUUAUAUACAGUACAUUUGAGUCAACAGUUGGUUUUUAUCUCUGCAGUACACAUGAAAUCGUGACAUCAGUGCUUUUGGAUGGUGUUGGCAUAGCAAGUAGUGGCAUCAUGUCAUAUCAAAUGUUCAUAGUUCCUUUUUAACAAAACAAAAAAAAUAGGAAAAAAAGGGGGCGGGGGGUGCAUGUGAACCAAUGCAGUAAGUGUCUGACCUGUUUAUGUUUAUAUUCUGGCCUCUGAGCAGUGAGAGGCCUUGAAGUAGACCAAAUAACUAAUGAGCGAAAAAUACCCAUUUUCACACUUCUGUCACAGUAUAAGGUGUUUAUAACUAUUCUUCCUUCUUCGUUUCCUUUCAUUUACUUCAUUCGAUUGCCUUUUUCUUGCUCUCUCAGCUGUUCCCUUUUAAUUUUGUACUGGUAUUUGUGCUGUGCUUUUGCUCUGUUCUGGCGCCUCCUGGUGAAACUUGGAGGAACCACUGUGUCCCACACCAGGUGGGAAAGGGAAAGGUACUGAACUCUGAAGUAAAGAGAUUUUUUGUA